AUGGCUAGAGAUAUAAUUGCUUUAGACGAUCUUACGGUUAAUAACCUUGGUACAUUUAAAAAAAUCAAUGAAGUAACAUUACCUAUAAAAUAUCCUGAAUCAUGGUAUAAACAAUCAUUAGAAUCAUCAAACUCAAUUGUGCAAUUAGCUUAUUAUUCAGAAUUACCAGUUGGUGCAAUUAAAGCAAGAACUUUUCAUAAUAAUCAUAGUUUAAAAUUCAAUGAUUUUAUAAAUAAUCAACUGGUUAUAUUAUCUAAAACUCCAAAUUCUGUAUAUAUUGAAAGUUUUGCCGUAUUAGUAGCGUACCGUAAUUUAGGUAUUGGUAAAAAAUUAUUACAAUAUUUAAUUGAUGAAACUAAAAAGAAGUUUAUUCAUGAAAUUAUAAUUCAUGUUCAUGUUCAAAAUGAAGAAUCUAUCAAUUGGUAUAAGAAACAAGGGUUCAAACAAGGCGAAAUAGUUAAAGAUUAUUAUAAAGAUCAAAACUUGGAUACUCCAGAUGCCUUUAUAUUCACAUUAUCCGUAUAA